AUGCAGGACGUGUGUCCACUGGAAAGGAAUUCUUUCCCCCCGGAUGACAGUAUAGGGAGGACAAAGGAGAUAGUAAAACACCUGAAAAAAUGCCCCCUAUUUUUAAAGGCGCUCUAUCUGCACUACAACCCAUUUUGCUUUCCCAACAUAAAUGACACGAGUAGCUACUUAAUAAACAAUGGGGACGUCGAAGCAGAGUUGAACAGAUACCAUGUCGCAUUCAACGAAACAAUCCUCCACAUUUUAAAAAAAAAAAUAAUUAUCACUAGCUUUGAGCAGUUCCGCACCCUUAAGUAUAAAAUAAUUUUCGAACAAUUUUUAAAUCACGGAGUAGAGGAGUUGCUGUCUAAGUUGAGGGACGAUGAUUUUGUGAGAGCGCUGCAGGGAGAGAUGGAGGGGAAGCUACCACCACCUGGUGUAGCAGCGAAGGAGGGGGGAAAUGAUGAACAGACAACGGGGCAACCGAUGACCGAACCCCCAGCCGAAGACCCCCAUUUAAGCACUGCUAACCAAUUCCUGGAUGGCUACAUCGUUGCAGUGAAGAAGUUGAUAUACCAUUUGAGGGAAACUCCUCACCAGAAGAACGGAAUAGAUUCGUUUGUAAAGGAUCACCUGGGGAGGUUAUCCUCCCUUGGCAAAUCAACAGAGGCAGAAAAAGGAAACACUUUCCGCGCCGAUAGAGUGGACACAAAUGGGAGGGGAAGCAACCCCAGGGAGAAACACCCACUUCCCAUUCUCACCCUCCAAAGCAUUGGGAACAUCCACAAGUAUCGCCUUUGUUGGGACCUCCUACAAUUUAUAGACAAGGAGGUAUUCCCCGUGAGGAGAGAAGAAAAUGAAGAGGAAAACAUCGAGAAGGCAGAUACCAUCACAGACGAACAGUUGAUUGAGAAGGAAAACCUCGACAGGGACGAAAUUAUGAGCAUCAUCAUUUAUACAGUCAUAUACCUAUGCUGCAAAAUGAGCAUUAUCAAAAGAUUAAAAAACAAAAAUUUUCAUAAUAAAAAUUACCUGAACAGUUCAGGUGAAAAAUCAAUAUAUUUUUUUUUGGAAAAUUUAGACAAACAUGACUUACAAAAUGUGAACAUGAUGUUUUUGCUUCUCCAUUUUAACAACAAUUUGUUUGGGAUCUUCGAACGUAUGUUUAAUGAGGGAGGAUGGAAUAGAAGGGAAGGCACCUCCCUGAGGGAUUAUCUGUUUAUUGAGUUGGGCGCCGGGAAAGCCAACACGACAAGAUGGGUCAAAUUUAUUAUGGAUGACUUGGUGGAUAUUUUGGAGAGGUUCUUUUCGCGUGGACAUCAGCGGGGGGAAGGAGGCGUCGCGGAAAGUGCAGCCCUGUCCAGAAUAAAAGUAGACAGCCAGGCGGAGGAGGGAACAACCAAACUGAUAGAACAGUCACCUGAACCACGAGAGAGAUGCAAACUUCUGAUCAUCGAGAGGGAAUCCCUGAGGAACAAAAAGGAAAAAAAAAACUUCCUUAUGCAAAUGGCCCAAGAGAAGAACCAACAUCUACUCAGAGUAAAGGCAGACAUCUCAGACUUCCAUUUGUCAAAAUUUAUUUAUUUUUCAGAAAAUGGUUUAAAAGGGGAAGGAAGUUCCUCUGCGUUCGUUCCUGAUAUUAUUCAGUUUUACUACUACAAGGGGGUAUACAGUUGGAGGGGGGGCCUUCCCAUGACGGAUCACCUGGGGGAUCACCUGCGUGAUAACCUGCGGGAUGACGAACGGCCUAACCAUGGAGGUACCCCCAUAACAGAAGCGUUCCUGCGAAACAACCUAUUGCAGCUGGGCACCUACUUCGAUGUGCACGUAAAGAAGCUCCUCUCCUUUUUGACCCAGGGAAAUAACAACCUCUUGAAAGUUUACGAUGAUAUGAACAACUUCCUCAGAAACUUCGACUGCAAGAAGGUGACCUUUCUAACGAAGCACUUGUGUGGUAAUGGCACCGACUUAGCGCUUAGAAUGCUCGUGAACAACACCAAGAACAGGGACAAAGAAAAUUACUUCAUCCUCGCCCCGUGUUGUCACCAUAGAUGUGAUGUGCACAAAAUUUUGGGCUUUAAGGUUUUGAAGAAGUUGGGUAUCAACGAGGGGCACCUGCAACAUGUUGUGAAGCACAUGUCCGGCUACGCCUCCUGUGAUAACCAGGAGAAGAAGACCAUCGGGAAGAAAGUUAAGCUUCUGGUGGACCUCGCCAGGAUCCUGCACCUACUGGAUGAAGGACUACAACACGUCUACCUCAUCAAAUAUGUGAACCGAAGUGUAACGAUAGAGAACCACGUCAUCGUCUUUUUUAACCAUCACAAGUUGGACUUGCGCAAUUUCAGGCACUUCUAA